GAUAGGAAAUAAAACAAGAGGCUCCGUGCUUCAAAACUACUGAAGCAGUAGUUUCAAUUACGAUUAUCACGUACGAUUCACUGCGAUGCGAGUUUAUCGUGGGCAACUUCGCCUCUGCUGCGGUGUUUCUAUGAGAAACUUAAAUUCCCAGCACCGUACUCCGAUCAUUCCCCAGAUCCAUGUAAAUGACCCGAAGCCCCUUGCUCGAGUGCAAGUGGGGUAUCUUCUUCAGCGUAAUCAAAUUGUCAAGUGUACGCUACAUCCGUUGGAAAUUGAAAUGAGCUUUCUGUUGGAACACGAACAUACGCGAUACAGUCGACACGAAGAAUCAGAGUCGGCGACGCAUUUUAUGGCAAGUCGUGGGCAAAGCAUAGACAUCCUCAACCGCAAUGACCCCAAUCAAAUAAAGGCAAAUUUUUUUGGGCUAGAGCUCUACCAAGAUGCCAUGAAGGCAGUCCUACAACGUUACAGCCCUGAAAAGCGCGUCACAGCCGCUGACCUGUGGGAUCCGGCCACGUGUGACGCCGCCGCACCACCCCCUAGACACACGCUCUAUCGCAAACUCGACGAUUACCUUUACCUUAUUGUUCAAGAGUCUUCCACGGGCAAGUGGACCGUGCCAAACACUGAGCGUCAAUCUAACGAGUCACUGCGUAUGACCGCGGAUCGUGCGGUGUCAUCGGACCAUGGGGAUGGCUUGACGUGCUACUUUUGGUCCAACGCCCCACAAGCUACCCUGCGCAUUGAGGAGGAGGAGGACUCUCAUCUCUUUAUUUUUUCCGGAACUUACCUGACAGGGCGGCCGAGGUUUCAGGACAUGAAUCCACCUAUUAGAGACCACGCUUGGGUAAGCCGUCAUGAAUUGCUGCAGUAUAAUGGGGAUUUCAAGAGUCCUACAAUGCUACAAGUGCUUUUGGAUAUCACCGCGGACAGUAACUUUGAUGCCAACUGAGGGUUUGCCUUUUUAGUAUUAUUGUAUUUUCACAGGACCUUGCCAAGCGGCACAAGUCAAAAGUUGCACUUUACUUUACCUACUUGUCGCGUACUUACCGAGGAAUGGCGUAAAAACUUAUCCAUGAACAUGAACUCGAUUUUAUUGGAAUGAGAGCAGCAGCGGGCUACCUUCCCUUCAUUCAACAAUGUUGGAAACCGACAA